AUGUCGCCCAGGAACGUCAACGUGUUUGUCAGCACCUUUGCUGGCCUGGGGGUGCCGCCAACUCUGGUUCUGCCGAUGCCUGCGUCCACUGGACUCUCGGACGUCCGCAGGAGAAUUGAAGAGCGACUGCCCGAAACGGACACCAGGCUUAUUCUGACAACUGUAUCGAACAAAGACGUAUCGGAACCCUCGUUAACGACUCUUUCGGACUUGCUCUCGUCCUUGGAAGAUGACUUCGUUUCUCUCCGCCUCUCUGUGCCCCUCUGUGGUGGCAAGGGUGGCUUUGGGUCCCAACUGCGAGCCGCCGGUAGCCGAAUGUCGUCGAAGAAAAAGCGCAAUCAGGGGGACGCCAACGGAUCAAGUCGGAACCUGGCUGGUCGGAGGUUGCGCACAGUGACUGAGGCGAAGGCUCUGGCUGAGUACCUAGCCAUCAAGCCUGAAAUGGAAAGGAAAGAGAAGGAGAAGCGGCGGGAGAGGUGGCAGCAGAUUGUCGAGGCGGCCGAAAAGCGGGAGGAGGAAAUCAAGCACGGUGGCAAAGGUCGCAUUGACGGAAAGUGGGUGGAAGAGAAGGAGGAGGUCGGCGAGCGAACCCGCGAGGCUGUCCGGGCUGCUAUGCAGGCGGGAAAGUACAAGGGCGACUUGUUUGGCACAUCAACCGGAUCGACCUCAUCUGAACCUCCCGACGAGAGCCUGUCGGAAGACUCCCCAGAGCAAAGCGGCUCCGAGGCAUCUAAAGAGUCUACGCCAACAACAGAGCCAUCCAAGACCGAACGAGAGAAACCACGGACUUUCUUCGGGUUCGACGAGGAUGAUGAAUUCAUGAGCUCUGACGACGAGGAAACCGAGAAGAAAUGA